AUGAUGGCACCGCCUUACCCCGCAGACUGGGAUGAUGAUGAGCGGAUGUCGUUUUUAUUCUCUGCCUUCAAAGCAACACGAGAUGUGGACAGUGCACACUGGGACAGUAAAAUGAAAUUUUGGAUCCCACUGAUUUUACAGCAUUCCAGGGCUCAAGGAAUGGUCAGCGUCACACUGCGCCAGCUGCAGGCACACUUCACCCGCAAGGGCAGCACACCAUUGGGUUUGGCAACGGUAAUCCAAGAGAUGCUCAGACGUGGUUGCCUGCAGCAAGAGUCGGAUUUUGUGUCUAGGAUCUCCAGUGGCUGGAUCUCAUGGGGCAUGAAGCAAAUGGUCAUCAAGCCUUUACAGUGGACCCUGAGCGCAGUUCUAGGUGGGCAGAUUAAUCCAGAUGAUCCAUUCGUGAUUCUCGAUGCCUUAAAGGAGCAGGCAGAGCUGGUGUUGCAGAAAUACCAGUCCUCUCCACUCAGUUCUACCUCCUUGUUGUUAGAUGAUGAAGUAUACACACUCUGCAAGGAUCAGUUUCCAGAAAGGGAUGCAUUUAACCUGGUUAUAUUACAACUGCAGCGAGACAAGAAGAUCUGUGUUUUGCAAAGACAUGGGGAGAAGCUUGUGAAGUUUGUACAGGGUGGAAGAACUCAGGUCACCCCAAUAGGGGAAUCUGAUUUGGGUAUUUAUGAGUUGCAAAAAAGUCAGAAACUGCUUUCAGAGAGAGUUCAGAAGGCGAGCGAUGAGUCUGAUCGGCUAAAGGAACAGGCAAUAAGCUUUAAGAGAGCUGGAAAUAAGCAGCAGGCUCUGCGAUGUAUGAGACGCAGGAAGUUGUCAGAACGACGGUUAUCAGAGCUGCAGAAUAAACUGGACAAUGUGCAGAGCAUCCUGGAGAGAAUAUCGAUGGCAGAAACGGACCGCAUGGUGGUAUCUGCAUAUCAGGUGGGGGUGACAGCACUACGUACUUCACUGAAGGAUGUCAGUCUGGAGAAGACAGAGAGCUUAGUGGAUCAGAUUCAGGAGGUAAUGCAGAUGAUCAUUCUUCCCUGUGUGUUUCUUAUAAAAAAGCAGGUCGAUCUUGCUUGGCACAAUAGGGAAACCUGGAUUGUCCUGCACUCUAAUUGCCCAGCUGCUUAUCCCAUGUUUGUAUUAUAA